AUGGUUCAUGAUCACCCACCCUCAACACCGGACACAUAUUUCCAAGCCUUCCGCUCAGAACGCGACAAGGGCCUCAUCCUCAUCCCCGCCGUCCAACAUCCAACCCAGGGUGACCUCUUUGUGAUCUGGACAGACAUCACCGACUGUUUCCCGGGCGCGACUCGGAUUCAGUUUGACAAUGUCUUUGUCCCAAUGCUCAGAGACAAACGCUGCUACCGGGUCAAGCCGCAUGGGAUCAGAUAUCAUCCUGGCGUCGUUCUGGAUAUCGUCUAUGGAGAAUAUGGCUCAUCGGAUAUCAGGAGGACCAAGACUGUCGGAAACAGCAGUAGUCCCCGUGGCACCAAUACGAGGACCGAACAGGAUCUCACCACCGCUGCUGAUCAGGGAAUUACAACAAUUUCUGGUCGUCAGGAGUUUGAGCACAAGUCGACACCUGUCGUCCUUAAUGGCUUGGUAAAGGCGACUCUUGAGAGCAAUGGAACAGAGUCUGCAGUCAGUCAGAACAGCUCAGUGGUCGGAUCGCCGGUGCCACAACAGUCGCCUUCGGAGCCACCGGAACGUUCGCGUGAUCUUGCAGAGAACAAGGACGAGGAUGAGGAUGGCGACUACGACGACUAUCACGGCGAGCAGGACGAUGGCGCAGAGCAACAAGACGACAGUACUGAUGAAGGCAGUCACGGUGAUCAGGAGAAGGCGGAGGAGGUGUCGGUAGCGUCUGAGGAACCGGCACCGCGGAUUGUGGCCGCGGCAGCCAAGCCGGUGCAGACGUCAGAGGAAUCGACGCCUGUACAGGAUACUGCACAACUUCAAGCAGCCACGUCAGUCUCACAACCACAAUCAUCAAACGACAAGGAUACAGAGGAGGAGAAGCCGGACAAUGCGGACGAUGACGAGCGACCAUCAUACACCAAGGAGCUCGGGGAUCCAACAACACGGGAACUCAUCUCCAACACCAUCGCAGAAUGUCGGCCCGCAUUGACUGCCAUGGCAGAGGCGAACCAAAAGCUCCGCCCCUGGGACAGCCUUCCACACGAACCGCUUGGCGUCAGGGAUUGUGUUGCUCGCCGUGUCAUGGAUAUCUUCACCAACCGACAGUCAUGGACUCAGAGCAACCACUCCCGAUUCUUUUGUUUCUUACCCAUCUUGGACCACACCCUGGAAGACAUGUACGAAUCAGAGAUCCAACCCGACACACGAUUCGAAUUUCAUUAUAUCUGCGACUGUGGCGACGUUCCAGGAUUCGAGGGCCGUUGGUAUCCGCACUGGAAUCUGGACUAUGGAGAGCACUAUCACAAGCGUGCCUCUUACGAGACCCUCAGCCUACAGCAGAUCGAUGAGAUCAUCCCACUUGUCGGAGAGUACGUUGUAGCCGUCCUCGAGAUGAUCCAGUGUGGCGCUUCCAUUGGCAAUACCACAUUGUUCCCUCACAACCCCAGCCAGGAGUCCGCCAUACGCAUCAUAUUGGCCUUGCAGUAUUUCGAGUCAAAAGGGGUCUUUACCUGUGAGCGAUAUCUUCGCAGCAGGACGGAAGACCAAAAGGUGUCCCUGGACGACAUCAAACCUCUUGCCCCGCUGGAUGAGAAAACGUCCAACAUUCUCGCGCACAAGGUUACCAAGCACCGAUGGGAAGUUUACGACGAGCUGAUCCCUUACAGGACCUCGGAGGGCGAUGUUCGAUGGAUCUGUCAACCACAUUGGUACGACAUGGCGCCCAAGAGAGAGUGGAUGGUCGCCAGGACAUUCUCCGUCAACCCAGCAUCGGCCAAGGGCGAGUACCUGACCACCCAGGGAGCCUUUGUGGCGGAAGUCACGAACCGGCAGAGGAUGGUCGAUUACUUUUUGCUGGCUGGGCGGUUGACAAAGACAUGUAUCCUCAGGGUGUCGUUGAACUGGGACAUGACGACGGAGGACGAGAUUAUUGUUGCGGAGGCGAUCGGGACACUGUCGGCAGCGGCGAUCCACAUCACUGUUCGGCCUUCGUCCGGUGUCAAGAGUGGCUCGGGGCUAAUUGGCGGAUGCUUCAGGAUGACGAUGGCGGCCAUGCGGAACCCUAAUCUAGAGGCGUUCAAGAUGAUCCAACGGUCCCCGACCAAGGAGAAAGAUUACCCAGUUUUCAACGAGCGCCACAACAUCAUUACCUCGCACCUUUCUAUGGAGGCUUUGGCGGUGUGGACGAGACCCGAGAGGGGCGGGAAGGUUAAGGCAAAACUCACAGUAACCGAUAUCGACCGGGCGGCAAAGUCGGUCCGACUCUUCGCCAAGGGACUUCACCACUUUUCGGAACUCGGCCUGUCGAUCGAGCCCGUCUGGAAAACGGUGACCAUCAAGUUUGCGGCACCCGGAUCAGGAAAACCUGGAUGUGAUGUGGAGGACACGGAUUUCAAGAACAAUGACGUCCUUUCGUACCUGGAGAAGCGGGAGUUCUGUGACGAGAUCAUCUAUAAUGGCGUCGGGGUUGUCGACAGUCGGUUUUUGUAUUCCCGAUGUGUCACUGAGGCGCGACUCGAGUUCUCGCUCGCACUGGAUCGGGUCAAGUUGCGGGAUGUCAUCAAGCUGAACCGGAACCUCAAGGAGCUCAACCUCGAGAACUCGACCAAGGACGACCCCAGCCAGAUCUUUGAAGCCUAUAAGGCUCUGAUGGCAAACCACCCUUCACUCAAGUCGUUCGAGAUUUGUCAUCGCCAUCUCAGCAGGACAUCCUCCAACUUUUCAUGGACGAACCCGAAUGACCCUGCCAAGAUGCGCCUGCGCAUUUCCUGCUUCGAGGGCGACAAGGUCCAGUCCCUCUUCCAAAAAUACGCCCUCAUCAUCGAAUCUCUCUCUGUCGAUCAACUCCAGGCAGGCGAGUCGGCAGCGUUAGAGAAGGCGAUCCGACCCAAGAAGGGCACAGCCGCUCUGCGAGCUAUCAACAUCAGCGACCCCCACCUCAUGGACCCAUCUGUACUCGACGAUCUCAAAAAGGUUAUUCUGCGAACCAACAUCGAAGUCGUCGCUGUCUACGGAUCGGUCAAACGGACAAGGACACUCCCCGACUACGAAACCGAACAGGAACAAGACAGCAGCAGUCGGUCGGUCAAAUUCGGCAAGGAUAAUAACAACAAACCUAGAGUGAUCAAGGACGCGGACGGAAAUGAGGUGGUGAUUGACGAGGACGAUCACGAGACAGAGAACGCGAAUGUCUGGGCAGAGUUUUUGGUCGGGAUCCGAUCCAAGGUGUCGCGGUUAUCUGUCCGGAGCAAUGGUUCGAUCUUCAAGGCCCUGGAGAGCAGGAUGGUUGAUUCCUUGGAGAUGCCUCGAUUGACCGACCUCAGCCUGUUGGGAGAAUGGGAGCUCAGUCUAUUCGGCUACCAAUGGAUCGAGAAACUCAUGCAGCUCAAGAAGACCAGGAAGGAAACCAUCGAAUCCUUCCAAGUCUCUGGAGCGACCAUCCUCCCCGAAGAAUGGGAACGUCUCCUCCAAGUUCUGGACUUUUCACACAUGACAAAGUUCCAAGUCGAACAACACAACCCACUCCCACCCGCCUUGCUGGGACCAAUCACGGACAAGAUCCCAGAGGGCAAGUCACCGAUGGAGAUCUUCAUGGUUUGCGAUGAUCGGACGUUGGAUGGGUAUGCGGUUCUGGAGCAUGAGGAGAAAGUCCGGGCCAAGAUCUCUGAACGGAACAUUGUUGUUAUUAUUAAUGGAUAUACCAUCUCGUAG